AUGACAAGUGGAAAGUGUGUCUCCAAAGGGUGUGCUGCGCCUGGGCCCGUGCCAGCCGGUUCCAUCAGACUGUACAGCAUGAGGUUCUGCCCUUUUGCUCAGAGAGCUCGACUGGUGCUGAACGCCAAAGGGAUCAAGCAUGAUAUUGUCAAUAUCAACCUUAGAGACAAACCCGAUUGGUUCCUGGAGAAAAACCCCCUCGGUCAAGUGCCCACUCUGGAGACAUCAGCAGGGGAAGUGAUAUACGAGUCCCCUAUCACCUGCGAUUACCUGGAUGAGGUGUAUCCGGAGAAGAAGCUGCUUCCUGAAACUCCUUUGGGGAAAGCUCAGCACAGGAUGAUGCUGGAGAAUUUUUCCAAGAUAGCACCAUUAACCUACAAGAUCCCAUUGGGCAGACUGAAAGGCGAGGAUGUUUCCGGGCUCCAUGCUGAACUGAAGCAGAAGUUCUGCAUUUUAAACAAGGAACUGGCACAAAAGAAGACAAAGUUCUUUGGUGGCGAUUGUGUCGGCAUGACUGAUUACAUGGCGUGGCCGUGGUUUGAGAGGCUGGAGGCGUUUGAGUUGGAAGAUUGCUUGGACGGUUCACCUGAGUUGAAGGCGUGGGUGGAGCGUAUGUUCAAGGAUCCUGUUGUCAAAGCCAGCGGACACAGCGUGGAAACUUACAAGGACUACUACAAGACCUACCUGGAAGGCAAACCCAAUUUUGACUACGGUCUGUAG